UUCCGACUUUAUUUUCCAGGUUUAGGGCAAUCUUUAAGAGCUGUCUCGUUUAUUUGUUUUUUUUACUGACACCACUGCAUCCUGUUCCCACAUAUCCUUGAUUGUCUCGACAUGUUGCACGUUUGAGCUUGUAAACGGAAGCUGACGUGACAACGCUCACGUGUGCACGGUCCAAUUUGAUUGCUUUUUUAGAAGGGACGAUGGAAACAAUUCAACACGGAUUAUAUCUGUGAAUGGGAUGGGUGAUAAUAUCCUCGCUGAGGGUGACGUCGCAGAUGCUUCUCCUUGUUUCCACGCUGUCUUCAGUCGCUUGAGCCAGCAACAGCAUCAGCAUCAUAAGCAGCGGCGGCGGCAGCGGCGGCAGCAGCAGAAGCAGCAUCCUCUUCGCUUCACGUUCUCCGCCUUUCUCCUCCUUCCGCCCUUCCAACUCCUCCUCCUCCUUCUCCCCUGGGGCCACCGGCGAAGGAGGCUCGUUCGGCCGCCGGUACGACCGCGGAUUCGCUGUAUGCUCACAUCGACAAGAAAGAGGAGCCAGCGCCUGAGCGGGCUCACUUGCAGCCAUGGCUGAAGGAGGAGAAGGAGAGGAUGAGAUUCAGUUCCUCAGAACCGAUGAUGAAGUGGUGCUCCAGUGCGUGGCCUGCAUUCAGAAAGAAAAUCGAAAGUUUUGCCUGGCUGCCGAGGGGUUGGGCAACCGGCUGUGUUACCUUGAGCCGACGUCCGAAGCAAAGUAUGUUCCUCCAGACCUAUGCAUCUGCACCUUUGUGCUGGAACAGUCCCUGUCAGUACGUGCUCUACAAGAGAUGCUGGCUAAAAGUGGACAGAACAGCGAAGGGACACGCGGCCCGGAUCGAUGGAGGCUGAUAAGAAAGGCAGCGCAGAGUGGUGGCCACAAGACUCUACUGUACGGACAUGCCAUCCUCCUACGGCACUCCUUCAGCUCCAUGUACCUUGCCUGUCUGAAGACAUCAAGGUCACAGACUGAUAAACUGUCAUUUGAUGUUGGACUACAAGAGGACUCAACAGGUGAGGCUUGUUGGUGGACAAUCCACCCCGCCUCCAAGCAGCGAUCGGAAGGAGAAAAGGUGCGCAUCGGCGAUGACCUCAUCCUCGUCAGCGUGUCCUCCGAGCGCUAUCUCCAUCUAUCCAUUUCUAAUGGUAACAUCCAAGUGGACGCUUCCUUCAUGCAGACACUGUGGAACGUCCACCCCAUCUGCUCUGGCAGCAACAUAGAGGAAGGCUACCUGUUGGGUGGCCACGUGAUGCGGCUGUUUCAUGGGCACGAUGAGGUGGUGACCAUUCCGGGCUCAGACCAGAGUGAAGAGCAACAGAGGUUAGUCAACUAUGAGAUAGGUAAAGCCGGUGCAAAGGCCAGGUCCUUAUGGAGACUGGAGCCACUCCGGAUCAGCUGGAGCGGGAGCCACAUCCGCUGGGGUCAGCCGUUCCGGUUGCGACACCUGACAACCGGUCACUACAUGGCCCUGACCGAGGACCGGGGCUUGGUGCUGCAAGACCGAGAGAGGUCCGACACAAAUGCGACCGCCUUCUGCUUCAGAGCUUCUAAGGAGAAGCUUGAGCAGAUCGCCAAGCGAGACACCGAGGGAAUGGGUGUGGCGGAGAUUAAAUAUGGCGACUCACUUAGCUUCAUAAUGCACGUGGCCACGGGGCUGUGGCUCUCUUACCAAGCACCUGAUGUCAAAUCUGCACGUUUGGGCCCUCUCAAGAGACGAGCAUGUCUACAUUCCGAAGGUCACAUGGACGACGGCUUGACUCUGCAGCGUUGUCAACACGAGGAAUCUCGAGCGGCACGUAUCAUUCGCAACACAACGCUCCUCUUUAACAGAUUCAUCAAGGAUCUGGAUUGUCUGGGUUUGAAGAACAAAGUGCUCGUGGCUCUUCCCGUUGAGGAGGUGCUCCAAACCCUCAAUGACCUCAUCACCUAUUUCCAGCUCCCUGAUGAAGAGCUGGAGCAUGAAGAGCGGCAGAUCAAGCUACGCUCGCUCAAAAACCGACAGAAUCUUUUCAAACAAGAAGGCAUGUUGACACUGGUGUCGAACUGCAUAGACCGUCUGAAUGUCUACAACAGCGCGGUGCACUUUGGAGAGUGUGCUGGGCCAGCCGCCGGAGAAGCCUGGAAAGACAUUCUCAACUUGCUUUAUGAGCUAUUGGCGGCGUUAAUCAGAGGAAACCGGAACAACUGCACUCAGUUUUCCAACAGCUUGGACUGGCUUGUUAGCAAGCUUGAGAGACUGGAGUCGUCUUCCGGUAUUCUAGAAGUUCUGCACUGUAUUCUCAUUGAGAGCCCAGAGGCACUCAACAUGAUCCAGAGAGGCCACAUCAAGUCUAUCAUAUCGCUGCUUUAUAAACAUGGACGCAACCACAAGAUUCUCGAUGUGCUUUGCUCAUUAUGUGUGUGUAAUGGCGUCGCUGUGCGAACCAAUCAAAACCUCAUUUGUGAUCACUUGCUGCCCAAGAGAGACCUGCUGCUACAAACCCAGCUGGUCAAUGACGUCCAAAGUAUGAGACCAAACAUCUUCCUCGGGGUGAGCGAAGGUUCAGCUCAGUAUAAGAAGUGGUACUACGAGCUGAUGAUUGACCAGGUGGACCACUUCGUGACCAGUGAACCCUCUCACCUGCGAGUGGGCUGGGCCAACACCAAGGGCUACGCACCUUACCCCGGAGGGGGUGAGGGUUGGGGGGGAAACGGUGUGGGAGAUGACCUCUAUUCCUAUGGUUUUGAUGGACUGCAUCUCUGGUCAGGUCGCAUCCCCAGAGCGGUCGCAUCUCUCAACCAGCACAUCCUGACCUCCGAGGACGUGGUGAGCUGCUGCCUCGACCUCGGAGCUCCCAGCAUCUCGUUCCGCAUCAACGGACAGCCCGUUCAGGGCAUGUUUGAAAACUUCAACACGGACGGUCUCUUCUUUCCCGUCGUCAGCUUUUCUGCCGGCGUCAAGGUAAGGUUCCUGUUGGGCGGUCGCCACGGCGACUUUAAAUUCCUGCCACCGUCGAGUUACGCCCCGUGUUACGAGGCCCUGCUGCCCAAAGAGAAGCUGAGGGUGGAGCCGGUUAAGGAGUACAAGAGGGAUGCGGACGGUGUUCGAGAUUUGCUAGGCACCACCCUCAUCUUGUCGCAGGCCUCUUUCAUUCCGACGCCGGUGGAAACUAGCCAGAUUGUUAUGCCCCCGCAUUUGGAAAAAGUUCGGGACACGCUGGCGGAGAACAUCCAUGAAAUGUGGGGCAUGAAUAAAAUUGAACUGGGAUGGUCCUACGGAAAGAUCAGGGACGAUAAUAAACGGCAGCAUCCUUGUCUGGUGGAUUUCUCCAAGCUGCCCGAGACGGAAAAGAACUACAACCUGCAGAUGUCGACGGAAACCUUAAAAACACUCCUGGCACUGGGUUGCCGAGUAGUUCAGGUCAAUUCAAAUGCUGAUGAAUCACUUAAGAAGAUUAAACUCCCAAAGAACUUUAUGAUGUCUAGCGGUUACAAACCAGCUCCUCUGGACCUGUCUGAUAUGAAACUGACACCAGGUCAGGAGUUGCUGGUGGAAAAAUUAGCGGAGAAUGCGCACAACGUGUGGGCUAAAGACCGCAUCAAGCAGGGUUGGACUUAUGGGAUUCAGCAGGAUUUGAAAAGUAAGCGUAAUCCUCGCCUUGUCCCAUACGCCCUUCUGGAUGAGCGCACCAAGAAGUCGAACCGAGACAGCCUACGGGAAGCCAUUCGCACUCUGAUUGGUUAUGGGUACAACGUGGAGCCAUCUGAUCAGGAAGGCGGACAAGCGGUCGAGCGUCUCAGCAUCGACAAAAUCCGAUUUUUCAGAGUCGAGCGGACCUACGCGGUGAAAACCGGAAAGUGGUACUUUGAAUUUGAGGUCGUCACCGGAGGAGACAUGAGAGUCGGUUGGGCGAGACCCGGGUGCAAGCCGGACGUGGAGCUCGGCACGGAUGACUUGGCUUUUGUUUUUGACGGAUACAGGGGCCACUGCUUGAACACGGGAAGCCGUUUGUUUGGCCGCUGCUGGCAUAAUGGCGAUGUGGUGGGCUGCAUGAUCAACAUGGAAGACAAAUCCAUGAUCUUCACUCUGAACGGAGAGAUACUUAUCACCACCAAAGGCUCUGAACUUUGCUUCACCGACUUUGAAAUGGAGGAUGGGUUCAUCCCGGUAUGCAGUCUGGGUUUAGCUCAGGUGGGUCGUAUGAAUCUCGGCAAAGACGCCAACACCUUUAAGUACUACACCAUGUGCGGCCUUCAAGAGGGGUUCGAGCCCUUUGCCGUCAACAUGAACAGAGAGCUCACCAUGUGGUUCAGCAAGCGUCUGCCGACGUUUGUCAACGUGCCAAAGGACCACGGUCACAUCACAGUGACCAGGAUCGACGGGACUGUGGACAGUCCCCCGUGUCUGAAGGUUACGCACAAGACAUUUGGCACGCAAAACAGCAACACGGACAUGGUGUUUUGUCGUCUCAGUAUGCCCGUGGAGUUUCACUCCUUCUUCAAGACCGGUCCUGUUAUUGACAUAAAUGGAGUGCACGAUGAUGAUAUUCUCAAAGUCAAACACAGAUAUCCACUGCGAUCCGUACGACACGGUGAGGAAAGUAGACGAGUGGACUAUAGCAGCAUCACAGUGUACUACCACUCCGUGAGGGUCUUUGCCGGUCAAGACCCGGCGUGCGUUUGGGUCGGCUGGGUUACUCCGGACUACCAUUAUUACAGCAACAACUUUGCCCUCGGCAAGACGAGAACAGUGACCGUGACCUUGGGCGAUGAGCGAGGGCGGGUGCACGAGAGCGUCAAGAGGAGUAACUGUUACAUGGUGUGGGGUGGCGACGUGACCGACGCCACACAUGGCUCAAGUCGUAACAACGUCGACUUGGAAAUUGGCUGUCUCAGUGACCUGGCCACUGGCCUGGUGACAUUCACUGUCAAUGGCAAGGAGAUAUCCACAUCCUACCAGGUGGAACCAAACACCAAGCUUUUCCCCGCAGUGUUUGUGCAACCCACCAGCCCCAACCUCUUUCAGUUUGAACUCGCCAAAAUAAAGAACGCCAUGCCACUGUCGUCAGCCAUUUUUAAAAGUGAGCAUAAGAAUCCGGUGCCUCAGUGUCCCCCUCGCCUUGACGUCCAGACCAUCAAUGCGGUGUUGUGGAGCCGUAUGCCCAACACCUUCCUGAAAGUGGAAACGGCCAGGGUCAGCGAGAGACACGGAUGGUCGGUCCAAUGUGUGGAGCCUCUGCAAAUGAUGGCAGUUCACAUACCCGAGGAGAACAGGUGUGUGGACAUCAUGGAAUUGUCUGAGCAGGAGGACAUGAGAGAGUUCCACUACCACACAUUGAAACUCUACUGCGCACUCUGCGCUCUGGGCAACACCCGUGUGGCCCACGCCCUCUGCAGUCAUCUGGACCAAUCCCAGCUCCUAUACACCAUCGACAACCAGUAUCUAUCCGGCAUGUUGCGAGAAGGCUUUUACAAUCUGCUCAUCAGCAUCCAUCUGGAGACGGCGAAAGGCGCUCGACUUAUGAUGAAAGACGAGUUCAUCAUCCCGGUCACGUCGGAGACGCGUUCCAUCCGUCUCUUCUGCAACGCUUCCAAGAAGCACUCGCCGCCAGGGGUGGGACUGAGUACGUCGCUGAAGCCCCGGCUCAACUUUUCACCUCCCUGUUUCAUCAACACCAAGCGGGAACAUCAUCUGUACAGUCCCCAGAUACCGCUGGACGCAUUAAAAGAAAAAUCCAUUUCAAUGUUGACCGAGGCGGUCCAAGGCGGAGGCCACUAUAUUCGCGAUCCCGUCGGAGGAGGCGUGGAGUACCAGUUCGUGCCGAUCCUGAAGCUGAUCGGCACGUUGCUGACCAUGGGCGUCCUCGGCAGCGAGGACGUACGCAAGAUCUUACUCCUCGUUGACCCGAAUGUAUUUCGGGUGACGCGUGAGGAAGGGCCUAUCUGUACGACGGACAAAGAAGGACUAACGGGCGCCGAGGAGAAGGCGGUGGAAGCCGGAGAGGAAGAGGGAGGCAAAGAGGCUAAACAACCAACGAAAGGACUUCUGGAGAAAAGGCUGCCGGAACCCGUCAAACGUCAGAUGUGUGAGCUGUUGCACUACUUCUGCGAUUGUGAGCUCAAACACCGCAUCGAAGCCAUCGUGUCCUUUUCGGACAAUUUUGUCUCCAAGCUGCAGUAUAACCAAAAAUUCAGAUACAACGAGCUAAUGCUCGCCCUGAAUAUGUCUGCCGCCGUAACGGCCAAGAAGACCAAGGAGUUCCGCUCGCCUCCCCAAGAACAGAUCAACAUGCUGUUAACCUUCAGUACUGGCGACGACUGUCCGUGUCCAUCGGAUAUCCAGGGAGAGCUUUACGAAUUUCACAAUCAGCUGCAGCUACACUGUGGAAUCCCGAUGGAGGAAUACGACGACGAGCAAGAUACAUCCAUUAGAGGCCGCCUUUUAACUCUGGUGAACAAAAUCAAAGGACAAGCUCAUAAAACCGAGCAACCGCUGGAGAAGGAACAAGCUGCACCAUCCAACUUGAAGGAAUUGAUCUCACAGACAAUGGUCAGCUGGGCCCAGGAGUGUCACAUCCAAGAUCCGGAGCUGGUGCGGAAGAUGUUCAGUUUGCUGAGGAGGCAGUACGACAGCAUCGGUGAGCUGCUCAGAGCCAUGAGGAAGACGUAUACCAUCAGCGCCGCCUCGGUCCAGGAUACAAUCAAGCUCUUGGCUUCUCUGGGCCAGAUUAGAUCGCUGCUUUCGGUCCGGAUGGGGAAAGAAGAGGAGAAGCUCAUGAUCGAUGGACUCGGUGACAUCAUGAACAAUAAGGUGUUUUAUCAGCACCCCAACCUCAUGAGAAUUCUGGGCAUGCAUGAGACAGUCAUGGAGGUCAUGGUCAAUGUGCUCGGAGGGGACAAAUCACAGGAAAUAGCUUUCCCCAAGAUGGUAGCCAGUUGUUGUCGCUUCCUUUGCUACUUUUGCCGUAUCAGUCGCCAGAACCAGAAAGCCAUGUUUGACCACCUAAGUUACCUGUUGGAAAACAGCAGUGUGGGCUUAGCUUCACCAGCUAUGAGGGGCUCCACUCCUCUGGACGUUGCCGCUUCCUCAGUUAUGGACAACAACGGUCUGGCUCUCGCAUUGGAAGAACCUGAUCUGGACAAGGUGGUGACCUACUUAGCAGGCUGCGGUCUCCAGAGUUGCCCGAUGCUUCUGGCUAAAGGUUAUCCGGACAUUGGCUGGAACCCCAUCGAGGGAGAACGUUACCUCUCCUUCUUGCGCUUUGCCGUCUUUGUCAAUGGUGAGAGUGUGGAGGAGAAUUCAAGUGUCGUGGUCAAGCUUCUCAUUCGUCGUCCCGAGUGUUUUGGACCCGCUCUGAGAGGCGAGGGAGGAAAUGGACUCCUGGCGGCUAUGAAGGAAGCCAUCAAGAUCUCAGAGAUGCCGUCUUUGGAUCUGCCCGGUUCCGCGCAGGGAGUCAGCUGUGACGUUUCCGCCGAUGGUGACGAUGAAGAGGAAGUGGUCCACAUGGGCAACGCCAUCAUGUCCUUCUACUCGGCCCUGAUUGACCUGUUGGGACGUUGCGCCCCAGAGAUGCAUCUCAUCAACAAAGGCAAAGGCGAAGCGCUUCGUAUCCGUGCCAUUUUACGCUCCCUAGUGCCUACUGAGGACCUGGUGGGAAUCAUCAGCAUACCACUCAACACACCUAUCGUUAAUAAAGACGGUUCAGUGACCGAACCUGAUAUGUCCGCCUGCUUUUGUCCGGACCACAAGGCCCCCAUGGUGCUGUUCCUAGACCGAGUGUAUGGUAUUGAAGACCAAAGCUUUUUGCUUCAUCUUCUUGAAGUUGGUUUCCUCCCUGACCUGAGGACUGCAAACUCUCUAGAUACAGAGGGUCUCUGCACCACCGAGACGGCGUUGGCCAUGAACCGUUACAUCGGCUCGGCCGUGCUCCCCCUCCUCACGCGCUGCGCGCCCCUCUUCGCCGGCACGGAACAUCACGCCGCGCUCAUCGAUUCCACCUUGCACACAAUCUACCGCCUCUCCAAGGGCCGCUCCCUCACCAAGGCGCAGAGAGACGCCAUAGAGGAGUGCCUGCUGGCUGUCUGCAAGCACCUUCGCCCCGCUAUGCUGCAGCAGCUUCUGCAGCGCCUGGUUUUUGAUGUACCUUUGCUGAGUGAAUACUGCAAGAUGCCUCUCAGGCUGCUAACCAACCAUUAUGAGCAGAACUGGAAAUAUUACUGCCUUCCGUCAGGCUGGGGAAGCUACGGCACAGCUUCUGAGGAUGAACUCCAGCUUACCAAGAAGAUCUUCUGGGGAGUGUUCGAUUCUUUGUCUCAGAGGAAAUAUGAUCCAGAAUUGUUCAAGAUGGCAAUGCCUUGCCUCAGUGCCAUAGCCGGAGCUUUGCCACCAGACUAUGUGGACGCUUCCAUCGGCGGAACGGUAGACAAGCCGCUUUCUUCUAUAAAUACUCAAGCCAAACCGAUCACAACUGCAAACAUUGCCCUCCCUGAGAAGCUUGAGCAUUUUGUCAACAAAUAUGGUGAACAUUCUCAUGAGAAAUGGUCAGCAGAGAAGGUGCUGCUCGGGUGGAAAUAUGGAGAUUGUGUUGACGAGAAGACUAGAAUUCAUCCACAGCUCAGGACGUACAAAGCUUUGACAGAGAAGGAGAAGGAGAUUUACAAAUGGCCAGUCAGGGAGUCCUUGAGGAGCAUGCUGGCAAUGGGCUGGAGCAUUGACCGUGCCAGAGAUGGAGAGAGUACGUCUCAACAGAGAGAGAGUGAAAAAAUGCGAAAGCUCUCACAGGCAAAUGCUUUUAAUCCUCGCCCGAUAGACACAAGCAAUGUGGUCCUAUCCAGAGAGCUGCAAGGGAUGGUGGAGGUGGUGGCUGAAAAUUACCAUAACAUCUGGGCCAAAAGGAAGAAGAGUGACCUUGGAAGUCGAGGUGGCGGUCCGCACCCUUUGCCGGUGCCCUACGAGUCACUGACAGCCAAGGAAAAAGCUCGCGAUCGAGAAAAAGCCCAAGAUCUCCUUCGCUUCCUGCAAAUCCACGGCUACGGCGUCACGAGAGGUCUGAGGGACUCGGAGCAGGAUUCCUCCUCCAUGGAAAAAAGGUUCGCUUACAGGUUUCUCAAGAAGCUGCUCAAGUAUGUCGACUCCGCCCAGGAGUUCAUCUCUCACCUCGAGGUCAUGGCUGCCAGUGGCAAAACGGACAGGUCACCUCACGAACAAGAGAUCAAGUUUUUUGCCAAAGUUCUUCUCCCGCUCAUUGACCAGUACUUCAAGAAUCACUCCCUUUACUUCCUGUCGUCACCCAAUCAAAAUCUGAGCAGCAGCGGCUACGCCUCCAACAAGGAGAAAGAAAUGGUUACCAGUUUGUUUUGUAAACUGGCAGCUCUUGUCAGACAUAGGAUCUCCCUCUUUGGAAGUGACUCAACCACAAUGGUUAGCUGUUUGCACAUCCUGGCACACACACUGGAUACCAGGACGGUGAUGAAGUCCGGCUCGGAAUCGGUGAAGGUCGGGCUCAGGACAUUUUUUGAAAAUGCCGCCGAGGACCUGGAAAGGACAUUAGAGAACCUCAAACUGGGGAAGUUCACUCACUCGCGCUCGCAGAUGAAAGGUGUUUCGCAGAACAUCAACUACACCACGGUGGCGCUGCUCCCCAUCCUGACCGCUCUGUUCGAACACAUCACGCAACACCACUUUGGCAUCGACCUGCUUUUGGAUGAUGUCCAAGUAUCAUGCUAUCGGAUCCUGACCAGCCUGUAUGCUCUGGGGACUGGAAAAAACAUCUAUGUAGAAAGACAGCUACCAGCUCUAGGCCAAUGCCUGGCCACCUUGGCGGGCGCCAUGCCGGUAGCUUUCCUGGAGCCGAUGCUCAAUAUGUACAACCCCUGCUCAGUCUUUAACACCAAAAGUGGCCGCGAGCGAGCCAUCCUGGGCAUUCCGGAUUCGGUGGAACGAAUGUGUCCCGGGAUUCCCCGGCUGGACGGUCUCAUAAAGGACAUCGACGACAUGGCCGAGUCUGGAGCGCGUUACACAGAGAUGCCCCAUAUGAUUGAGGUCGUGCUGCCCAUGCUUUGUAACUACCUGUCCUAUUGGUGGGAGAAGGGGCCUGAGAACCAGCCAGCCAGCGUGUGCUGUGCCACUGUCACCUCAGAGCACCUCAGCCUCAUUCUGGGCAACAUUUUAAAGAUCCUCAACAACAACCUGGGCAUCGACGAGGCCUCGUGGAUGAAAAGGAUUGCAGUGUACGUCCAACCCAUCAUCGGCAAAGCUGGCAACACCCUGCUAAAGAGCCACUUCCUGCCCACGCUGGAGAAGCUGAAGAAAAAAACGCUGAAGGUAGUAAGUGAAGAGGAGCUGUUGAAGGCAGACGGCAAGGGAGACACUCAGGAAGCUGAACUGCUCAUCCUGGAUGAGUUUGCUGUGCUCUGCAGGGACCUUUACGCCUUUUACCCCAUGCUCAUCCGUUACGUAGACAAUAACAGGUCCAGGUGGCUCAAAGAACCGGACGCCGACUCGAACGAGCUCUUCAAGAUGGUUGCUGAGAUUUUUAUCCUCUGGUGUAAAUCGCAUAAUUUCAAACGAGAGGAGCAGAACUUUGUAGUCCAGAAUGAAAUCAACAACCUUUCCUUCUUGACUGGAGACAACAAAACAAAGAUGUCAAAGUCCUUUAAGGAAAAGUCUGGUGGGCAAGAUCAGGAGAGGAAACAUAAGAAAAGGCGAGGGGAGUUCUACUCCAUCCAGACAUCACUGAUUGUGGCCGCGCUCAAGAAGAUGCUUCCGAUCGGCCUAAACAUGUGCACACCAGGGGACCAGGAGCUCAUCUCCUUGGCCAAGACGCGCUAUCUGAUGAGGGACACGGACGACGAGGUCAAAGAUCACAUUGGGCAAAAUCUUCAUCUCAGAGAAAAGUCGGAAGACCCCGCCGUAAGAUGGCAACUGAAUCUUUACAAAGACGUAAUGAUACGAAGCGAGGGGGCGCUGGACCCUAACAGGGUGGUGGAGCGUAUCCAGAGGAUAUCUGCUGCUGUUUUUAACUUGGAACAGGUGGAGCAACCAUUAAGAUCCAAGAAAUGUGUCUGGCAGAAACUGUUGUCCAAGCAACGGAAAAGAGCAGUUGUCGCGUGUUUCCGGAUGGCUCCGCUUUAUAAUCUGCCCAGAGACAAAAACAAUAUUUACUUCCUGAAUGCCUACCGACAUAUUUGGCUGGAGAAAAUGCAUGAGAACUCAGACUAUGACACUCUGCUCUCCAUGCUGACGAAAACACAACACAAAGUGGAGGAGGAGGAAGAGGAGGAGGUCAGGAAACAGCCUGAUCCACUUCACCAGCUCGUUCUGCAUUUUAGCCACAAUGCUCUUACAGAAUGCAGCUCUCUGGAAGAGGAUCCCUUAUACAUCGCGUAUGCCGACAUGAUGGCAAAGAGUUGUGCGGAAGGUGAAGAGGAGAAUGACGAGGAAGAGAAAGAGAAAACAUUUGAAGAGAAGGAAAUGGAGAAACAAAAGAUGUUGUACCAGCAGGCCCGAUUGCACGACCGCGGGGCUGCCGAGAUGGUGCUCCAGAUGAUCGGUGCUAGUAAAGGUCGACUGGGUGCUAUGGUGACCUUUACCCUGAAACUCGGCAUCUCCAUUCUCAAUGGGGGAAACAUUUUGGUUCAGCAGAAAAUGUUGGACUACCUAAAAGAGAAGCGAGAUGUCGGCUUUUUCAAAAGCUUAUCCGGACUAAUGAUGUCUUGCAGUGUGCUGGAUCUCAACGCUUUUGAGAGGCAAAACAAAGCAGAAGGUCUUGGGAUGGUUACAGAAGAGGGAUCAAGUUCCAAAGUGCUUCAGAAUGACGAGUUUACUAAAGAUCUUUUCAGGUUUCUGCAGCUUCUGUGUGAAGGACACAACAACGGUAUGCUGAGACACUUCAACCAAGUUCUUAUCAUUGAUGAACAUGAAAUGCUGCAAUUGCUACCUCUGUUGCUAAACGCUACUGUCUAUGAAUCAUCUGCAGAUUUCCAGAACUUUCUAAGAACACAGACGGGAAACACAACUACCGUUAACAUCAUUAUUAGCACUGUCGACUACUUGCUCAGACUGCAGGAAUCCAUCAGUGAUUUUUACUGGUACUACUCUGGAAAGGAUGUCAUUGAUGAAGCAGGUCAGAGAAACUUCUCCAAAGCGCUGGCAGUCGCAAAGCAGGUCUUCAACUCUUUGACAGAGUACAUACAGGGUCCAUGUAUAGGCAACCAACAGAGUUUGGCUCACAGCAGAUUGUGGGAUGCAGUUGUGGGCUUCUUGCACGUUUUUGCAAACAUGCAGAUGAAGUUAUCUCAGGACUCCAGUCAAAUUGAAUUGUUAAAGGAACUGCUGGAUUUACAGAAGGACAUGAUAGUCAUGAUGCUGUCGCUUCUUGAAGGAAAUGUUGUCAACGGGACCAUCGGUAAACAAAUGGUGGACACUUUGGUGGAGUCGUCCAGCAAUGUAGAAAUGAUCCUCAAGUUCUUUGACAUGUUCCUCAAGCUGAAGGAUCUGACCACCUCGGACUGUUUCAAGAUUUAUGACGCCGAAAGCAAAGGUGUCAUCUCCAAGAAGGAUUUCCAGAAAUCCAUGGAGAACCAGAAGCAAUAUUCCCAGUCGGAGAUCGAGUUUCUCCUGUCUUGCGCCGAGGCCGACGAGAACGACAUGUUCAACUACGUGCAGUUCGUGGAGAGGUUCCACGAGCCCGCUAAGGACAUCGGCUUUAACGUGGCCGUUCUGCUAACAAAUCUCUCGGAGCACAUGCCGCACGACGCUCGCCUCUCGACGUUCCGGGACCUGGCCGAGAGCGUCCUCAGCUACUUCGAACCCUACUUGGGUCGUAUCGAAAUCAUGGGCGGAGCCAAGCGCAUCGAACGGGUGUACUUCGAAAUAAGCGAGUCCAGUCGAACCCAGUGGGAGAAGCCUCAGGUGAAGGAGUCCAAACGACAGUUCAUUUUCGAUGUGGUCAACGAAGGCGGAGAAAGCGAAAAAAUGGAGCUAUUCGUAAACUUCUGCGAGGAUACCAUUUUCGAGAUGCAACUGGCGUCUCAGAUUUCAGAGCCCGACCCGCUAGAACUCCAGGAGGAAGACGACGAAGCUGACGACCAGAGCGUGGCUGAGAACCAAGAGGAGGAAGAAGAGGAGAAUGGGAUGUUGGAGUCUUCGUCAGCCUUUACCGUCGCUUGUAUCUCCGUGAGGAAGAACAUCUGUCACUUUGGCCAACUGCUCACUCUCAAGAGCAUGAAACGGCAGUACAGAAAAUUCCGGAAGAUGAGUACGAAGGAGACGGCGCAAGGCUUCUUCGCUUUCUUUUGGAUGAUCGUCACUGGCCUCCUUCAUUUUAUCUAUAGUUUCAUCUGGGGUUUCUUCCAUAUUUUCUGGACUACCAUGUUUGGGGGUGGCCUCGUCGAAGGGGCUAAGAAUAUAAAGGUCACGGACAUUCUGGGGAACAUGCCGGAUCCCACUCAGUUCGGGAUACACGGAGAUGUGUUAGAGACAGAGAAGAUGGAAGCGCGUGAGGCGUCGGCAUUGACCGAGAUGGGUCACAUGGCUCAGGGGGAAGUGGCUGAGGCGGACCUGAUGGCCGAGUUGCUCAACAUCCAGCCUAAAAAGGAGGGCAAACAUGGAGCAGAACCUGGCUUAGGUGAUGUGUCUGAGGUGGUCGUGGGGGGCGAUGCUCCCUCCAUAGCGAGUGCGGUCAAGCAAAAGAAGGCUCAGAUGGCUGCGAAAAAAAAGGCAUCAAACGGAGACUACAAAUCAGAUUCUGAGAAAGCAGACUCUGAUGAUGGCGAGAAGAAGGACCACGACAAAGCUAAAGAUGAAGCCCCUCCUGAACUUUCAUUGGAGAAGAAGGCCCCCAGGAAAAGACUGGGCAUUAAGAAAGAACCACCUGAGGCUUUCACGGCCAGCUUCUUCGCUGGCUUGGAAAUAUACCAGACUAAAAUGCUGAAUUACCUGGCCAGAAAUUUCUACAACCUGCGAUUUUUGGCCCUGUUUGUCGCGUUUGCAAUUAACUUCAUUCUUCUCUUCUAUAAAGUGACUGGGGAUAAUGCUGAGGAUGAGGACCCGUGGAAUGGUCGAAGGAGAACGAGAGAGGAAGAGGAAGAAGACGACUCUCUUGAAUAUUUUAUACUACAGGAGAGUACAGGUUACAUGGCGCCAACGCUUCGCUGUCUAGCAAUACUGCACACUAUUAUAUCUUUUUUGUGUGUAGUGGGAUACUACUACCUGAAGGUUCCUCUGGUGGUUUUUAAGCGUGAAAAGGAGAUAGCCAGGAAGUUGGAGUUUGCUGGACUCUACAUCACAGAGCAGCCGUCAGAUGACGACAUAAAAGGACAGUGGGACAGGCUGGUUAUUAAUACGCCGUCCUUCCCCAACAACUAUUGGGAUAAAUUUGUCAAACGAAAGGUCAUCAAGAAGUACGGAGACCUAUAUGGAGCCGAGAGGAUUGCAGAGCUCCUGGGUUUGGACAAAAGUGCUCUGGAUUUUAAUCCGACAGAGGAAGCUGUCACCAAAGAUGCUUCGUUGGUGUCCUGGUUGAGCUCCAUCGAUACAAUGUACCAUAUCUGGAAGAUGGGGGUAGUGUUUACAGACAAUUCAUUUCUGUACCUGGUGUGGUACACGACAAUGUCAAUUCUGGGCCACUACAACAACUUCUUCUUUGCUGCACAUUUGCUGGACAUCGCCAUGGGAUUCAAGACACUCCGCACCAUCUUAUCCUCUGUCACCCAUAACGGCAAACAGCUGGUAUUGACAGUGGGUCUACUGGCUGUCGUUGUCUACCUCUACACUGUGGUGGCCUUCAACUUCUUCAGGAAGUUCUACAACAAGAGCGAAGACGACGACGAGCCAGACAUGAAGUGUGACGACAUGAUGACAUGCUACCUUUUCCACAUGUAUGUCGGCGUGAGAGCGGGUGGAGGCAUCGGCGAUGAGAUCGAAGAUCCGGCCGGUGACCCCUACGAGCUGUACCGCAUCCUUUUUGACAUCACCUUCUUCUUCUUUGUCAUUGUCAUCCUCCUGGCCAUCAUACAAGGUUUGAUCAUUGAUGCUUUUGGAGAGCUGAGAGACCAGCAGGAACAAGUCAAAGAAGACAUGGAGACAAAAUGUUUUAUUUGUGGGAUCGGAAACGACUACUUUGACACGACGCCUCAUGGCUUCGAGACUCACACUUUGCAAGAGCACAAUUUGGCCAACUACUUGUUUUUUCUGAUGUACCUCAUUAACAAGGACGAGACGGAGCACACUGGCCAGGAAUCGUAUGUGUGGAAGAUGUACCAGGAGCGCUGCUGGGAUUUCUUCCCGGCUGGAGAUUGCUUCCGCAAGCAGUACGAAGAUCAACUGGGAUGAAGAGGAUGCAUACUUCUUACCUACGAGAGUGCUGCUGCUCUGAUCUACUCAUGCACUCGCAGUGAGCUGAAACACGGCAAGAAAGAGCGCUGGCCUCUCGACCCUCAACGAUGUCAGCCUUCAGUUCACUUUGUCAGGUUAUGGUUUGGUUUUGACAGACUUACUUGCCUUUUACUCAAAAUAAUCCCUCCAACCCACUCACUGCACAGGGUUAUGUUGUCGAGAAGCUGUUGCGGACAGCGUGUGGGUGUUAGGAGAUUCCAGAAAAAAAUGAAUUAUGCACAAGAGUCCAACAAUGAUUUCCAGAAUGUUGAGGCUUCAUGCCAAACAAAAAGUGAAGUGCAUUUGUCGUGCAACUUGCAAGUUUAGUGUAGAGGCAAACAGUAUUAUGUGAAAUUCAUUUUUAUGAUUGAUUUCUAUCAAGUGCCUUAUACUGUAGUACCCAGCCUACAUGACAAAGAAGCUAUGCAAACCUUUGUGCUGUCUUUUCUUAUUGUAUCUACGGGAGAUGAAAAUGUUUAGCUGAAUGCAAAUGUUUCAUGUUGUACAAAUGACAUCGGAGUCCAUCCGGAAAAGCAAACGUGGAAUUGCUAUCGUAUGGCUGUUUGUAAGUCCUAGCUUUGAAGAUUUGUGCAUUUCCUUUGAUGGGACAAAAAUAAACAUGUGCCAGAAAUGACUUGGCUCUCUGUGUUAGGAGCGUCGGAUCGGGGCCGUACAGUCCCAGGCCGGCUCCCCUUUUGAUUUUAAUGCAUCACACACAGAGGUUGUGGGAUGGCUGGGACCUGUUGGGGGGUUGAAAUCACAGUUGCCUCCUCAUGACAGGCCCCGCAAUUCCCGCACCACAUACAGUGUUCCACCAAAGUGAGUACACCCCACGCAUUUCUGCAGAUAUAUCUGAAGUAUAUCUUUUCAUGGGACAACACUCACAAAAUGACACUGACACAAUGAAAAGUAGUCUGUGCGCAGCUUAUAUAAUAGAGUUCAUUUAUUUUCCCCUCAAAAUAUUGCCAUUAAUAUCUAAACCCCUGGCAAGAAGAGUACACCCCUUAGAAACUGCAUCCCUAAAUGUCCAAAUUGAGUAUGCUUGUCACUUUCCCUCCAAAAUGUCACGUGACGCGUUAGUGUUACUUGGUACAGGUGUGCAUAGGGAGUAGGUGUGUUCAAAUUUGUAGUGCAGUUCUCACUCUCUCUAAUACUGGUCACUCAAAGUUCCAACAUGGCACCAAAUGGCAAAGAACUCUCUGAGGACCUUAAAAGAUGUUUUGUUGCGUUACAUGAAGAUAGCCAAGGCUACAAGAAGAUUGCCAAAACCCUGAAAAUGAGCAGCAGCACAGUGGCUAAGAUCAUCCAGCGUUUUAAACAGAGCAGGGUCAACUCAGAACAGGCCUCGGGUCGGUCGUCCAAAGAGGCUGAGCGCACGUGCCGAGCGUCACAUCCGGAUGCUUUCUUUGAAGGAUCAUCGCAGGAGUGCUGUCAGCAUUGCUGCAGAGAUUGAAGAGGUGGGGGUCAGCCUGUUAGUGCUCAGACCAUAUGCCGCACUCUACAUCAAAUUGGUGUACAUGGCUGUCACCCCAGGAGGAAGCCUCUUUUGAAGACUGUACUCAAGAAAGCCCACAAACAGUUUGCCAAAGACAUGUCAGCAAAGCACAUGGAUUACUGGAACCACGACCUAUGGUCUGAUGAGACGGAAAAUUAAUUAGAAUUUAUUUUUUUUUAAAUUAAAAAAAAAUCCGGCCUGAGCCCGAACGCCCCCCCCCCCCCCCCCA